AUGAGAAGAAAAGGGCCUCAGAGAGCACAUGCGUUGGCAGUCAAAGCAAAUCAGUGUUCUUUGCAAGCCAAGUUGGCGACUGAGGACUCUGCCAUUGCCCUGCUACUUUUGCAUCCAUUUGCGUUAAACAGAAACCACAGAAAUCGGUUUUAUGGAAUUAUUGGUGUUUCUGUGGACGUUAUCUGCUGCCACCAAGUUCAUGAGAUCCUAGAAAUAGUGCUGACUGAUGAACUGAAGUCUCUCACAUUACUUCCGUUCUUUCCAUCAUCAGAACCGUUCAUCCUUUUAGCCUUAAAUGGGACCCAAUCAAGUACAAAGGUCCAGCCAAUUUUUCUGUGGGCCAGUCUUGUUGGCCACUCCUACCGCACGCAGGGCUAUGAUUUCCUGCGUCUAACAUACGCGCCUUCGGGUUUUAACCGUGGAAGUGUGUAG